CAACAAUAAGAUAAUUAAGUUGAUACAUUAACUAUUCAAUAAUCAAUUGUAGUAAAAAUUUUGAAAUAAAUUGCUGAUUUUAUUAUGUAAAAAUCUUUCAUAAUUUGUUGAUUGUUGACAGUGAUAGUUAAUCAAUUGCUUCGUGAUUUAAUAAUUUAUCAUCAACAUAGUCUUAAUCAUCAUCUUUACGUGAUUGUCAAACUUAAAACUUGAAUAUUAAUCAACAAUUAAACUAAUCAAUACACUUAUUUUGAUGUGAAUCAAAUCAAGUAAAUUGUUACCCAAUCAGGUUAAUUGUUGAAAAUUUAAAAAUCACAUUGGCUUAGAAACUGAUCAAGAUGAUGAUUAUUGAUCACAAGGGAUCAUAUUGAUUUAAUUGUUAACCAUUAGAUUUAUAAAUUACAUUUAUUUACCUUGAAAAUUAUCAUCCGAAAUCAUCAUAAUCAUUAUGAUCAUCAUUGUCUUUGAUCAUGAUUAUCGUUACUUCAUUGAGACAAUUUAAACUUGAUUCUGUUACAGUUAAUUUGGUUUCUCUUGAAUGAUUUAAUUAUAGCAAUUUUAAUUUACCCUAAAGGUUAAUUUAUAUUUACUCUUUUACUAGUUAAUUACUUUAGUUAAUCACUAUUGUUAAUCAUAUUAAACUUACUAGCUAAGUAAAUAACAUCCUAACUAUUGACAUUGAUGUUUAAUUGUUCUUGAUCAAGUUAAAUUGUGCUCGUUCAUAUUACCAACAGUAAUCCUUAUUAAUUAUGUGAAACCAUUGAUUCAAUUUUAAUUAUUUUCCCGACUAAUUGUUACAAUUUAUAUAUUACUUAAGACAAUGACUUUGAAUCAAAUUGAGUCAAGUGAAAGGACAAUAGGAUAUCAACAAAGCGAAUCAGAAGUUGCAGAUCGACCAGUAAUAAGUUUCAUUUUACUUUCACUUUCAAUUUUCUUGAUUGUCGCUUUAUUACCGUUAUCAUUUCUCUUCGUGAUUGAGAUAAUCAAGGAAUAUGAAAGAGCGGUCGUUUUCCGAUUGGGUCGCCUAAAGAAGGGCGGGGUUGAAGGUCCUGGAGUUCAUGUAUUAAUCCCUUGUAUCGAUACAUUAUCCAAGGUUGACCUGAGGACGAUUACAUUUGACGUUCCACCUCAAGAAAUAUUAACUAAUGAUUCGGUAACGGUUUCCGUUGAUGCAGUAGUUUAUUUCCGUAUUUGUAAUCCAAUCUUCGCGGUGACAAAUGUCCAAGAUUAUCGACGAUCAACCCAAUUAUUGGCUGCGACAACUUUACGAAAUAUUUUGGGCUCAAAAAGUUUAGCUCAAUUGUUGAGCGAAUUGGAAACAAUUAGCUCAACUCUAAAAGCUAAUCUAGAUAAAACUACUGAUUCCUGGGGAGUUAAAGUUGAACGAGUUGAAAUUAAAGACAUUCGUCUACCAGUUCAACUUCAACGGGCGAUGGCAGCGGAAGCGGAAGCGAUGAGGGAAGCUCGAGCUAAAGUUGUCGCCUCGGAGGGUGAGCAAAAAGCUUCUCGAGCUUUAAGAGCGGCAUCUGAGAUAAUGGCCGAAUCACCGGCGGCCCUUCAAUUGCGAUAUCUUCAAACACUCAGCACAAUUGCAGCGGAAAAAAGUUCAACGAUAAUUUAUCCAAUUCCAAUUGACAUGUUCAGUGGUUUAACUAAUUUAACAACAACUAAUCAAUCAACAAAUCAACAACAAUCAGCAAAUCAUCCGAUAAUCAUUAAUGGCAAAAAGUAAAUCAAAUAGAUCCAACCAAAAAUUAUAAAACUAAAUUGUAUUGAUCACAAUAAUUUAGAUUGAUUAUCAUUCAAUUCGUCAUAUUAUUUAUUAAAAUUAACUAAUUUAA